AUGAACGGCAUGAAGGGAUCUUCCACGGCAGCUCCGGCACCUUCACCGUCGUCAUUCCUUCAUCGCCGCCGUCAUCACGGUGAGAUGAUGCAUAUGACAUUCUUUUGGGGAACGCAUACCGAAGUCUUAUUCGAUGGCUGGCCAGGGACCAAUCUGAAAAUGUAUUGGGUCUGCCUCGCCGUCAUUUUCGUCGCUUCCGCUGUCUCGGAGGGGCUUUCACGUUGCAGAUGCAUGCAAGCCGGUCCAGCUAGCAUUGCAGGCGGGCUAGUCCAGACAGCUGUUUACACUGCGAGGGCUGGUUUAUCUUAUUUGGUCAUGUUGGCUGUGAUGUCAUUCAAUGGAGGAGUCUUCUUGGCUGCAAUGGCUGGUUUUGGAUUAGGGUUUUUGAUUUUUGGAAGUAGGGUUUUUAAGGACACUAGUAAUAACAAUCACACCGAGGUUCAAUCACAUUGUUGA